CCGAACGGGCGGUCCCUGGACCCGAUCCGCGUGCGUGCGGGGAGUGGACCCCAGUCCAGCUCCGAACCUCGUACCCUGUACGGGCCGGUCCAGCGCGCUCCGGUGCCUCCACUCCAGCCGGGGCCUGCAGGGCACGCUGCGGAGCGCGGCGGGCGGAGCCUCUCAGGUGCCUGGGAAGCACACCUUUGCGAGCUUCCUAGGCUACAAAAAGGGCUGCCAACUCCAUGAUGUAGGAAGAACAAUUUUCAGAAUACAGUGAAAUUGCAGGCUAAGAACUCUUCAACAAUAAGUACAUUUAUUAAGAACCAUGGCUUUAAAAGUGCUACUAGAACAAGAGAAAACAUUUUUCACCAUUGUAGCUUUGCUAGCCUAUUUGGUCUGUAAAGUGAUUUGUGAAACAGGGGAUUGUAGACAACAAGAAUUCAAGGAUCGGUUUGGAAAUUGUGUUCUCUGCAAGCAGUGUGGACCAGGCAUGGAGUUGUCUAAGGAAUGUGGCUUUGGCUACGGGGAGGAUGCUCAGUGUGUGACUUGCCGGCUGCACAGGUUCAAAGAGGACUGGGGCUUUCAGAAAUGCAAGCCGUGCCUGGACUGUGCGGUGGUGAACCGCUUCCAGAAAGCAAACUGUUCUGUCACCAGUGAUGCUGUCUGCGGGGACUGCUUGCCAGGAUUUUAUAGGAAGACAAAACUUGUUGGUUUUCAAGACAUGGAGUGUGUACCUUGUGGAGACCCUCCUCCUCCUUAUGAACCACACUGUACCAGUAAGGUCAACCUCGUGAAGAUCCCGUCCACAGCCUCCAGCCCGAGAGACACAGCCCUGGCUGCUGUUAUCUGCAGUGCCUUGGCUACUGUCCUGCUGGCUCUGCUCAUUCUCUGCAUCAUCUAUUGUAAGAGACAAUUUAUGGAGAAGAAACCCAGCUGGUCUCUGAGAGCACAGGACAUUCAGUACAAUGGUUCUGAACUGGCCUGUUUUGACAGACCUCAGCUCAAUAACUCUGCUCCCAGAGCCUGCUGUCAGUGCCACCAGGACUUAGCCCAGACCUGUGGGCCUGUUCACUUGAUCCCAUCCUUGUGCUGUGAUGACUCCUGCAGCAUCGACCAGGUGACUCUUGGUUGCAGGGUGCAUUCCCGGGCCACACUUCAGGAGAGAAAUGCAGGUCCGGUGGGAGAGACCAUGCCAUCUUUCUUCGGGUCCCUUUCUCAGUUCAUCUGUGGCGAGUUUUCGGAUGCCUGGCCUCUGAUGCAAAAUCCCAUUUAUGGUGAUGAUAUCUCCUUUUGUGACUCUUAUCCUGAACUCACUGGAGAAGAUAUUUAUUCUCAAAAUCCAGAAAAUGAAUCCUUGGAUUCAAACAGUAGUCAGGAUUUGGUUGGUGGCGCUGUUCCAAUUCAAGCUUCUUCUGAAAACGUUACACAAACUACUGAUUUGUUUAGAUACAAUUCACUGAUAGAACCAGUGCGAACUCAGGAUGCCCUAAUUACUAGAAGCCAGCUAGGUCAAACAAGUGGGGAUAUCAUUAACCGAACCACUCAAACUCAGACGUCCCUCCAGGAAGCUUUUUAGGACUCCAUUCUUUCUGGAUUAGAAGUGCACGUAUGGAACCCAAGGGGCACGCACUCCUCCACUUACACUUAUGAACUGAGCAGUCUGGACCUUGCAUGGCUUCUGGGGGGAAAUAUAAAUCUGAAUCAAACUGAUGGCUUUUUAAGCCUUUCAACCAGUUGCUUCUGAGCCAGACCAGCUGUAAGCUGAAACCUCAAGGAAGAACAGGACAAGACUGCAGGCAUUCAUGAUGCUUUGCAUCUUUCCUAAACAAGAAGUUUCUGUGCUACAAGUGUGACUUCAAAGACUGAUGCACUGAGUUGGCAGCCAGGGAGGUUACGGACCAAUAACAAGAACCAGAAAUGCAGUCGUGUGUAUUUUCAAGGUGAAUGUGGUUUCACAAGACUAAAGACCCAAAGUAUAAGUUUUCAUCUAUAUUUUCUUGUAAAAUAAUUUCACAUAGUCAAUUAUCCUACUAAAAGUCAAUGUUAUAUUA